GUUUUAACUAAUAAAUUAAUAAAAAAUAAAUCUUAACAUGAAAUAAUUAACGGCAAAAGAUAUGUAUUUAAUAAAACUAGAUGGCCUUGAAUUUCUUGAUAUUUAUCGACACAAACACCGUCAAUUUUAUUCCUUCAGUGCAACAGUUUACUUAAAAAAAAUGGAAGCGCGAAAUAUUUUAUGUUUUGUGGCAAUUGUGGCAUUUGCCUCUUGUGAUGAAUUAAAAUUAGCCAAAGAUCUUAAAUUCAAACUAAACGAUGGCAACUUAAUGCCCAUGAUUGGACUUGGGACAUAUCAAUUAAAAGGAAGCGAGUUAAUUCAGGAUGUUUUGGACAAAGCCUUAGGAGCUGGAUAUCGUCUAAUUGAUACUGCCAAAUUGUACGAAAACGAAAAGGAAAUUGGAGAAGCUUUAAAAGUUCUUUUGCCAAAACAUAAUUUGACAAGACAAGACAUCUUUAUCACAACAAAAUUGGCCCCAUUUGAAUUAGGAGGAAAAGCAUACGAAUCCCUAAAAGAAUCCAUUAAAAAACUCGACUGUGAAUACGUAGACCUUUACUUGAUUCACUGGCCAGGUGAUUUUUUAUCAAAUGCUUCUGAUGAUAAAAACGGAAAAAACAGAAUUAAAAGUUGGGAACUUAUGGUAAAGGGUGUUAAGGAUGGUCUUGCCAAAAGUAUUGGUGUGUCCAACUUCAAUAUUCGUCAUUUAACUGAAUUGUCCAAAAAUGAUCAUGGCAUUAAACCUGCAGUCAAUCAGGUUGAAUGCAAUCCAAACUAUCCUCAAAUAGAAUUGAAAGAAUUUCUUCAAAAAGAUAAAACUUUGAUGCAAGCUUAUUUCUCCUUGGGUGGAACUGGUAAUCAAAAUCUACUGAAAAAUGAAAAAGUUGGUGAAAUUGCUAAGAAAUUGGGAAAAUCUCCUGCUCAAAUUUUACUUAGAUGGGCCGUACAACAAAAUAUCGCCGUGAUUCCAAAAGCAACCAAACAAAACCAUUUGGAACAAAAUAUUGAUCUGAAUUUUGUAAUUCCCGAAGAAGAAAUAAAGAUUUUAAACAGCUUUCCACAAAAUAAAAUCACGCCAGAUCCAGAAACAAUAGCCUAAACAUAAUAUUAAUGUAAUAGCUAUUAAGUACCUAGGUACUUACUGUUAAUUUAAAAAAGUAAAUAUUAUGAUAAAUG